CUUUAGGACACGCCUUACUGCACUUCACGCUCAGUAGCUUCCUUUAGGUUCAGUGGCUCUCUGACACUAGUCACAUGGAGAGAAAAGUGCUUCUGGCUAAGACAUUGUGUCCUCAGACUGUACAGCAGAAUUUCUCUGACCACUUCUCACUGAUAGUGGCCCACUUAGGGGUCUGAUCAGCAGUUGAGGGGGGCAGCCAGUUCUCUAGGGCAAGCCAAACAACUCUCAGAGGCAUGAUACUAGAGCAGAGUUCGACUCUUUGAUGCCAGCUUCCAUGUUCUGGACUGUCAGUGGGGCGACUUAGUGAGUCUGCUGAUCGUGUUUUGCCCCUGAAUGACUUCUCAAUCCACAGCCCUUCCAGGCAGGAGAUAUGGGCUCCUCACAGAACCUGAGUGCUUGUGUACUCUGUCAUUUUUCUCCUGGUUUCUGAAACCACAGUCAGGAUUCAGGGCCCUGGGCCAUGUUGCAUCCUGUGCUGCUGUGAAUAAGCCUGAAGAGGUGGUCUCUGUUUUUACCUGAAACGUGUGUAGGGAGGCAGAGAAAACCCCUGCCUUUUUAUGUAGCCACAUCUCUACAUAGUGAUGGAAAAGAUUGCAUCCACAGAGGGAGCAACUCAACCAGGCCAAAAAAAUUUGGUUUGUCACUUGGUUCCAAAUUGAUCUUUCUGUUUGGGCCUCAGGGUGGUCUGUCUGUCCUCUCUGCCUUGUCCUGUGCAGUUUCACUUUUGUUCUGUGUACCCACAGAUGCUGCUAUGAAGCCAAAAUCCCACCCAAUGCUCCUCACCAAGAAUCAGAUGAAGCAGGAAGUGGAUAGGCUGACCACAGAACUGCAGCUGAUCACCAGCCAAAGAAAUGAGCUGCAAGAUCACCUGACCUUCAUCAGUGAAGAUACCAUGGACAAUAGGCCCUACCACAAGCCAAAUCCUUUCUAUGAAAAGCUGAAGUUGGAGCAUGCACAGGUCGUGUCAGAACUAAGGACUUUGGAGGUUGAUUACACUGAUACCUCAGAGAAGUUUGGUGAGCUGACCAAGGAGACAGUUUUCUAUCAUCUGCACAGCUGGCUCCUAAUGGAGCAGACUCAACUGGAGAAGAAGUUAUACAUGCUAAGGCAGGAGAAAAUGAAACUGCUGGAUGACUGGAUGACUGGCUCCUACUGAAGCACACGUGGAGGUCUUGAAUGUGAUCUGUAAGGACCGAGAGGAAGAGACUAGUGGCCUCAAGACCCAGCAACAAAAGCUGACCAGCAAGCUAUUUGGAUCCUUUGUAUGCGCCUAGAGAUGUAUGAUAGUCUGUGACCCUCCACUAACAACACAGUCUUCUAAUGAACUGGAGCUCAAGAGAUAGGAGGAAAGUCUUCAGUUCCUGUGGAGGCAGAAGGAAAUGCCCAUGCAGGAAAAGGACUUGGCAGAAAAGCUACGGCAUCACUUUGAAGUCUCCCA